AUGGAAGGCGAAGAUACCCCAACUGAUAUCUCAAGUGUAGAUAUUAAAAUUUAAUGAAACUUAUUUAUUUAGCAGUUUAGUUUUAUUAAAUAUAUUAAACUAUAAUGGCUAUAUUUUUAUGUAUGAUGUAUUCAAGAAAGCCUAUAAUGUUAUGAGGCAACGUUAUUUGCUAUUUUAAUUUGAUUGAAAAUCGUCAACAAACUGAAAAUGCUGGGGCUGAGGUCGUCUUCAACUUCUUUAACUCACUGAAUCUGAAGUUGUAACGACUUUAAACAAAAUCGCACUGUUAAGAAUUCGGUAGCCGUAGAUAUUAAUGUAAAAAUUAUUGUUUAUUAAUUCAGUUAAAAUUUAACUGAAGUUACAAUUGGCUUUCAUUUUUAAUAAAUUUUGUAAUAUUGUUUACAUUUUGCUCAUUCACGGAGGCCGAGACCAAAUACAAAUCCCUACAUUGCCUACAUAAACUAAAUACUAACUAAGUAACCAACUAUAACUAAAUAAGAGUAAGAGUGUAAGACCUUAUAAAUAAUAAAGUAUAUUUAUGAAAAUAUACCCCAAGGGCUAAUUUGGAGAGAUAGCACCUUGACGUCAUUUGCUUGUUUUGUCCUUGGUUCCGAUAGGCUCAAAACCCUGGUUCCUAUGGCUCAAAAGCCUGGUUCCGAUAGGGUCAAAACCCAGGUUAGGGAUAAGUUUAGGGUUCAGGUUAGGUUUAGGGAUACAUUUAGGGUUCAGGUUAGGUAUAGGGAUACAUUUAGGACAUAAGUUCACAGGUCGCGGUAACCAAGAUGGCGACCGCGGUGCCAUCUCUCCAACUUUUAAUCAGAUUACAUUUCAGUAUUGUACCUACUUAGUUACUUAGCUUUAAGCCUACUUUUGGACCAACUGGCAAAUAAGUUACUUGAAGCGUUAGGGUUAAGGACGUCUGUUAAAAAUAUGUCUAAAAUGAUCUCCUUGUUAGCUGUGGUGUUUCAUGAAACACUACAAAUUACAAGUGAAAAUUUCAAAAGUUCAUAAACAAGUUUCUUAAAUAUCACAUAAAACAUUAAAAUUUCAAUCUUCAUCAUUCCAUUAAAACUAUGAUGCAAUCACAGUAAUCAAAGAAACUGUGUUAUAUUAUAUCCUUUUCCAGACUAAAUCUAAACUCUUAGCCUUAAACUUAAAUGUUUCCUGUUUGUAUUUAAAAUUUAAUUACUGACUAUCAAAUGAUAACACAUAAUUAAUGCUAUUGUUUUAAGCAUCCAUUCAUAAGAUUAUUCUAUUCACAAUUCUUUCUGACUAUAUUUGAAUUUCUUAAAACCCACUUAUUAAAUUAUUUGUGUAAUAAUAAAUUAUUAUGAUUUCAGAAAAUGCAACACCAGUACUUUCUGAAGUUCGAAUAUAUGCCCUGUGAUGAAGAUCAAACUCAUGAGUUCAAAGCGCAUAAACUUCUAAGUGUUGAGGAUUUGCCAAGAUAUAAAAUUGAAAAUGAUCUAGGGCAAUCAAAAUGCAAAUCUGUCUCAAGGUAAUUAAACUUUUAAUGUAGUUAUUGACACAUCGGGGGCCACAGCAUAUAAAGGAAAAUAAAAUUUCAUGUCAUUUUCAAUACUAAGAAUAAGGAAGGGUCGUUUAAGUAUACAAAUCUUUAGUUCUUAUUUAAUAAUUGAACUUAUAAUUUUUUCAACAUUUUUCUCUCAAUAUUAAAAAACAAAACCGUGUUGGCUCAUAACUUGGUUAUACUUGGAAUAUCUACAGAUGUUUUCCAAGCUUGACAUAUAUUUAAGUGGUUGCUUUAAGCCAGUAAUCAUGAUAUAAAUUAGGCAGUAGCCUCUCUGCCCUUUAUAUUGAAAUAUAAAUGCAAAAACAAUUUUCCAACCAUCCACCUCUUGUUAGUAAGGUGAGAACACCUAAAGGCUGCAAUUUCAUAUUAGACUUAGCUCAGAACAUAUUUUUGUGGCUUGAAAUUGCAAAUUGUGCCCAAAAAAGACACUUUUAUGGGGAAACUGUAACCUCUUAUUUUUCUCCCUAGUGUUUGAUUUAUGAUCUUAUAUUAUCAUCUGUUCAUAUAUAUAUAUUUUUUUUUUUUUUCGUUCUUUUUUUUAGUUGAUUUGUUAAUUUAGUGCAAGAACUAUCCUCAUUUGCCAUUCAGGGACCAUGCAUUGCUUUUUUUUUUCAUUUACUCUUCAUAGUGUUGGCAAUUUUUUAAUUGUCAAGUUGUUAUACAUGAAAGGGAUUAAUAUGAAGAUGAAAUAGUUGAACACCAACAGUAUGAUUUAAAAUCAUUGGUAAAAUUUCUUUGAAGAAAUAUUAGUUAUCUGCACAGAAACUUAUUUGUAGUAGGCGUAUAGUUUAUUUUUAAGGUUACGCCUUGGUUUGCAGCCCACAUUUCUGGAGCAGCAAGAAGAACUUUGAAGGAAUAGAUGUAUCUCAUUUUUAAAAAAAAUCUUAUGUGUCAUAUAAACAUUCCUCUCCUACCUGUGGCUCCCAGAACCUUAACAUAUUUUUAUUUCUGUAUUGAUGUCAAGAGAUUUCAAUGCAAAUUAUAUGUCUUAAUUUUUUUCUCUUGAAUCUGUGUAGAAACUUGUGUGCUUUCUUGAACACUGAGCUAGGUGGAACACUUUAUUGUGGAGUAAAUGAUAACGGCCAGAUUAAAGGGCUUAAGUUUACCCAAUACCAGGUUUGUAUUGCUUGCUGCUUAUCCAAACCCUCAUACUUUUGUACCAAUUGACAUCAUUUUGUGAAAACUUUAAAAAAACAAAACAAACCCAUUUCAUCAAGAUGCUGUGUUUUACAGUCUACAGUUAGAUUUCUUUGUUUCCUGUUCAGUAAACUAUUCAUUUUUAAUCUUCAAGACGUGUAAGUUCAAAUUAUUAUUAAUGUAAUUUAUUUCCAAGCAUAAUCAUGGCUACUUUUCACAUAACUGAUCAUUUUUGUCAGUUCCUUUUUUUUUUUUGUAUGCAUUUAUUUUAUAGGUUUGACAAUUCCAUUCUAUAAAGAGCAAGUGAACUUUCUUUGUCACUGCAUAGGCCUAUUUGUUGAUUUGAAUCAUGCUAGUAAUCAUGGCUACUUUUCACAUAACUGAUCAUUUUUGUCAGUUCUUUUUUUUUUUUGUAUGCAUUUAUUUUAUAGGUUUGACAAUUCCAUUCUAUAAAGAGCAAGUGAACUUUCUUUGUCACUGCAUAGGCCUAUUUGUUGAUUUGAAUCAUGCUAGUAGAUUAAAUGAAAAAACAUCAACAUGAAUGUGUUAAAUUAAAUCAUUUUUAUUUAUUAUAAUAUUUUUCUAUUACUCAAUUUUGAUUACGAAGUAAGGAAUAUCAUCAGUCUUUGUCUGCACUUAUAGGCAAAAUGUGUUUAAUAAAAUUAACAUAAUUUGUCAAAUUUUGUAAUGCUAGAAACUAGAAUGAUUUCUACCCCCUUAAAAUAGUGUAGAGAAAUGCAAAAGUAUAAAAUUAGCUGUGUCUCACAUAUUAUUUGAUAAACAAAUUGUUAUAAAUAAAUCACAUGCCCAAUUUUGCAUAAAGUGGAUUGGUAUUAGCUGCAAAGCAAAAAUGCCACUUUCUCUAAUAGAAUGAAGUGUUUUGUAAGGCAUACAUUUCUAGAGAUUUUUUUAUUAAGAUUUAGCAUAUUUAAUACAUGUUGAUGUUGGCAUGGAAAAGAAUCAGCAGGAAUUACAUUAGCAUAUGGCCAUUGAAUCUGUGGCGAGGCUCUCAACAAGCCAACACAAUAAAGUAGUCUAAUUUAGACUUGUCAGUAGGGCUCACUUCUGCAGUAAAUCUCUCAACCAGCAAUCACAAUAAAGUUAUCCAAGCAAGGCAUGCCAGAAUGGCUCACUGCUGCACCAAAGCUCUGGAUAAUCCUGCUGUAUACUGGAAUAACAUGUUGCUGUUCUUGUACCGUAAAUUCUGAAACUUUAUUUAGUGUCUUUACUUGUUUUCUACCUAUUGAAGUUUACUCACAUAUCUUUGUCAAAAUAGAAUAUACUCAUUAGGAUCAUACAUCUUUAUAUUUCAUUCAUAUAUUUUGGCCAGAUCACCCUGACAUCUGGUCAGCCCAAUUUCAAAACUCUUUGACGGGAAACCACAUUAUUGCUAAAAUGUGUUAAGUAACAUCAUUUAUAAAAAGGAUGAAAAACAUUUUUUUCAAUUAUCUCUAGAAAUAUUUUCCAUAAGAUUUUGCAUGAACCUUCAUAAUUAUUUUCUUAAUUUUUAUCUUUUUCUCUAAAUAAGUUUAUGUUAUUAAAUGUCAAAGGCAAUAAUUGACAUACAGACAAGUGUAAACGCCAUUGAUAGACUCACUAAGCCACCUGCUUAUUUACUGUCCAAUUUAGCCAUUGCCAUCUUCACAUUCAAAGGAUGAACAACAAUAAAAAUAUAUAUUUAAGUAUGAUAAAUAUAUUAAAAAAUAACAACAGAGUAACAACCGUUUUCUGUUAAACUAUAUCUUCUCUACCAAAAACUCAACAUGUUUGUGUUCAAUUGGCACCAAAAAAUGGUGGGGAUAAGUGAGAACAAAAUAUAUUAAAAUAAAAUGUAGUACAAGACACAAAAUUUAUCCCAAUACACAUGAAAUGUUCUACGAGACAUAAAAGGUUCUACAAGACACAUGAAAUGUACUACAAGACAUGAAGUGUAUUACAAGAAACAUCAAAUGUACUACAAAAAAGCCUACAGUAUACUACAAUAAAUGAGGGGGGAUAUUUCUUUGAUCUAAAUUACUUUUAGUUAGUAAACAUAUAUGUGAUGAUAUACAGUAGUAAGAAAUGUUCACUGCUCUUUUUUUGUCUGUAUUUAUUUAUUUAUUGAUGUAGGCCUAUUUAUAGUAGUGGAAUUUGUAUAGAACAAAUACAGUGUUAACAUGAAUGUGAACUGUUGUCAGAUAUUUUUAUUCAUACUCUAAUUUACUUAUACUUAGGUCUAUUUAAUUCAAAUAAAUGUGUGAACUAAUUAGUUAGUUUCUAUUCCAGAGAGACCAUUUUUCUGGAGCCCUGUCUGACUUAUUCUCUAGAUACACGCCAAAGGUUUCUCCAGACAGAUACAAACUGAGAUUUGUACCAGUGCUACUACCAGACACUAAUGAAAAGGAUAGGGAUGAACUUGCCAUGCUAACAGCUAGGUGAGAGAACUUGAUAUUCAGUAUCAACAAGUUGAUUCAGACAACAUUUGAUUAGCUAGUGUUGUUAAUAAUAAAAAAAAAUAUGUCUUUGAAAUAAUUGAUCUUUAAAAUAAGUGGAACUGCUAAUAAUUUAUGGAACAUUGGAAGGUUGCAACAAUUGGAAGCCUACUGAACCUAAGUAUUACCUUCUGCUGUGGGAAUUUAUUGUCCAACAUCAAACACAGAUUAAAUAGACUAAUCAAGAAAGCUAGUGGUAUUAAACAUACUGAAUAACUUUCAUUUGAAGAACUAUUUUAAGAAAAAUGCUGUUUUAAAACUCAAGAAAUUUUGGAAGAUACCCUCUUCAACACAGCUACCUGGUUUCAGCUCGAUAAGGGCUAAUUCAUUUCCUUAAAGUUAGGACAGAAAGUUAUAAAAAUUAUUUUGUUCCCUAUUCUGUCAGAACCUACCACUGUGCUUCCCCAGCUGUUAUCAAAUCUAAAUGAUCACUUAUUAUUUCCUUAUUGUCACUGAUGGAGUUAAAUUUUUUUUGUAUAAGGGGGAGGAUUUUUACUCUAGAGAAAUACUUAAGAUGUCUUGUGAUUAAAUUGUUGUAUUUGAACGAGGUUGUAUGGUGAAAAUAUUUAUUUACGUGCUGAAAUAAAAAAUUGGGGAUUUUUAAUGACAGUUUUUAGAAAAGGUACGACGUUUAGCCAAUUUUUGAUUUAUGACAAAUUUGUUGUUGUUAAAAACUAAUUUUAGUUAUAAAGAAAACAAAACCAUCAUGAUAAUUCUUUGUUUGAUGGUUGGCUCCCUUUAAAUCUCUGUUGGUGUUGAAAUUGAAAUUAAACUUUAAAUGAUGGUGUUUGCCUCUUACUCAAAUUAUUCUCCCAACCCACAUUUUUCUCUCACCAGAGUUUGUCACGAUGGUGAUCUAACACGGGUUCCACAUUUGUUCAGGUCGAUAGAAGGCUGCUGGUGUGAGAAGGACUGCAGAGCACAAAGAGACUUGGUAAUAAAAAAAAUUUUUUCAAAUGAUCUUUUCCCAUUUAUUUUCUAUUUUUUUGUUUUAUUUGAAUGUUGUUUAAUCAUAAGUCUCACAUUUAAAAACUCUUAGAUUAUUUAGUUUAAAUAAUUUUUGGCUAGAUAUAAAAUGUGUAUUUUUGUUAUCACAUUGCCUACAGAUGGCUGCAGUAGACUCUGGGAUCCCCAGAAGAAGUUGAUUUUAUUAACACUAUUGAUUUAUUGAUAAAUGGCUAUGUGUUGAAGUUAUUGUUCUAAGAGGAUCCUUUGCUGAAAGAUUGUACAAUUUAAAUGCUAUUCUUUCAGGGCAUUGGUAUUUCUAGAUACGUUAUUGAGAUAAAUAUUAAGCCCUGGGAUUAUGAUGACCCAAGUAAUGAAGGCAUAGGGAAAGUGGUCAAUGCUUUCCCGAUCUAUUCAAAUGAAGAAGGGAGAGCAGUUUUUCGUCGGCAAGGAAGCACAACCACGGUAUUUAUAUAAUAUCUAUUUUUUAAGGGCAAAGAGUGUGUACAUGUAUGUGUAUAUGUGGAUGUUUAUGUGCAUAUAUUAUAUACUUAAAAUUAUAUAUAUUUUUGCUAGACAUUAAAACCACAGUGUUGAUCACCACAAAUUUCUGCAUGUUUAUACCGCCAGACAUAAAGAUGGCUCCGGGCAAAAUUCCUUCCGUCUUACACAGCAUUUCUCAACCUGUGGCUCGCGACCCCUUUUCCACGGUUCGCCUAAGACCAUCGGAAAAUACAUAUGCUCUACAGUUAUGAAGUAGUAACAAAAAUAAUUUUGUGGCUGGGGCUCGCCACAACACGGGGAACUGUAUUAAAGGGUUGUGGCAUUAGGAAGGUUGAGAACCACAGCUCUAACAGAUGUACGUUUAUAAAUAUAAAUCAAGCUUGGAUAGCAUAACUUAUUCUUAGGAAAUGGCUCAGUGCUGCAAACCCAUCUAAAAGAUGAAAACCUUUUUUAUAUCUGUUUGGUGCUCAGAUUUUGAAUGAAUUGGGAUUUAUUAUACAUUUCUAUUUGCUAAAUGAGGCCCUUUCUGGUGUUGUUAAAAGAAAUUUUUUUUUUACAAUAGCUUUACCAUUGAAAACCACCAUAGUAUUUUUAAUGAUAAGAAAAAACUUGGUAAACCAUUUUUCAAAGGUACUGUUCAGUGGUGGGCUUAAAGAGUGUGGAACAUUUUAACAGAAAAUCCUAAAGUGUAAGUGGCUGGGAAAAGGGUGGUUACAUUUUCAUGAAUAUUUAACUAUUGAAAAACUUUAGGUUGCUGACAUAAACAUUUGGGACCUAGAGAUUUUAGGAGGAAGUAUGUGUUUUUUUCCAUUUUGCUGUUCGGGACGCUGAAAUCAUAUAGACACAUUUUAUUCUGAGGACACCUGAUGAUGUAACAGAUGUGUAUGUUAGCGUCUCCAUGCUUAUUAAAAAUGAAAUAAAAACUCCUUCAUGAAUACACCAUUAUAUAAAAUCCUGAACACUUUUAUCUACUUGGAAAAUAAAUACAAUAGUUCUCAGACUAAGAUAUGUAACUCCUAUUCUAAAAAAAAACAACACUUCAAUUGUUAAGAGAAAUUUAUAUGGGUAAAAAAUAGUCUGAUCUUGGUGUUUGAAGGAUGAAAAUAAUUCUGCUGUCCUGAUUGUUAAACAAAGUAAUGCAGCCUGUUGAAUUCAUGGUUGCAGAACUUUUAAAGUUAGCAAAUCAAAUAUGAUGCCAUUCUCACAGAAUUUUACCUAGAGUAAUUGUUAGAGCUUUAAACCCAUCAAUCAUGUUUAUCAUGUGCUUAUAUUUGUUAAAAUGUCUAUUUCUUUGCCAUCCUAGUACCAGUUUGAUGAAGUGGCCAACAUAGCUUAUUUUGUUGCUAAUGCUAGAUGCCAUCAAGUCAUUGCAGAGUGAGUAGUUACACAGUUUAUUGAGAAAAUGAAAGGACUCUUUGGCUCGGGUGGAUAAAUUUUCAUUACGUAGUAAGUUUCCUAUGUGGAGAAAAGCUUGGGUGACCAUACCGGCAUUUACUAAACUUGAUAUGGUUGUAUGCAGAUGUAGGAUUUUAAUUAAUAGAGCAGGGUUUUUCAGAUAGUAUUGACAUUGGUCUGAUGUGUUUCUUCAUUUUUUUGCUGUGCCAUGUUUUAUCACUGGGAUAUCUCAAUACAUCUGAGUCAAACAUGAAAUUUUUUUAUUUUACCCAAUUUGUAUUGGGUUUUCCCUAAGCAACUUUCAAAGGCAGUGAGCCUUGUGUAACCCCUGAGUGAUGACAUAUUGGAUGUAUCACUUGGGGAUGUUUAUCCCCUGAGUGUGAACCUAUUGGGUGUAUCAUAAGGAAUGUGUAUCCCCUGAGUGGGGACAUAUUUCGUGUAUCACUUGGGCUGUGUAUUCUAUGAGUGGGGAAAUAUUUGGUGUAUCACUUGGGCUAUGUAUCUCCUGAGUGGGGACAUAUUUUUUGUAUCACUUGGGCUGUGUAUCCCCUGAGUGGGGACAUAUUUAGUGUAUCACUUGGGCUGUGUAUCCCCUGAGGGGGGAAAUAUUUGGUGUGUCACUUGGGCUGUGUAUCCCUGGACUGGGGAGAUUUUUGGUGUGUCUCUUGGGCUGUAUCUCCUUAGUGAGGACAUACUGGGUGCAUCACUUUGACUUUGUAUCCCCUGAGAGAGGACAUAUCGAGUGUGUCACUUUGGCUGUGAAUACAGAUUUUGAUAUCCAGAAUGCUAGUUUGUUUUCAACUCCGCUAAGGCCAGUCCCAAGCCCUGAGAAGAGAGCUCCAAAGAGAGCUAUGAAGCCUAUUGGUCAAACCCAGGCUAUACUGGAAGCCUCAAAGCCGAAGACCCUCCUUUCUAAGGAAACAAACAGGAAUGUGGAACUUUAGAACCAUUUAUGAGAUCCUGAGCAUUAAAUGACCAAAAAACCAUCACCAUCAAAGAUCUACCAGAAAGGACAUACCUGGUGCCCAUUGAUGAAGAUAUCAUUAGGUGGUUAGGGCAUACGCUCCGAAAACCCCCAGAAAGCACCACCAGACAAUGCCUAACAUGGAAUCCACAGGGAAAAAGAAAGAGAGGAAGGCCUAAGAACAUAUGGAGACGUGAGCUAGAGGCAGACACACAAAAAUAUGGGAUGCACUUGGUAGAAAUUGGAAAGGAAAUUACAGGACCGUGAUGAGUGGAAAAUUCUUGUGGACGCCUAUGCCCCAGAUGGGUUAAAAAGGCAUUAUUAAAAAAAUAUAAAAAAAUAAAAAAUAAAAAAAAGAAAGAAAAAAGUUUGUUUUUAUGUUUUUCUCAAUACUUAAAAAUGUAUUUGUUUUCUUGUUCUAUCCUAACAGUUUACACAAGAAGAUUGAAUUAACAAUAGCCUCAAUAGCAAGCAAGCUGAGGACUAGAG